AUUUACAUUUUGUCCAUACACGGCCCCGUGUCAUCGCUGUGUGAACCUCGAUCGUUUACGGUUUUAGUCAGGGAUCUUCUAGUAAGUAGUAUCAACCACAGGAGUUCACAACUCCCUUGGCCUCGGCCGGGUGUAGCUGGGUCUACGCUGUCCCUCGAUCAAGCCUUGGAGGCUUCAUCACCUUCACGCGGAACCCCAACGAAGACGAGCACCUCCCCCUGCACCUGGUUUUUAGCGCUCGGUGACGUUUGUGGGUACGCAAGGAGUGUUACGAAUACGAUCGCGUCAGGCAUAUGGCCAUGUACCGUGUCGAUUGUAGAUCUACACGCAUGUACAAAAUGACUGCCCCUACGCCUAGGCCCCGGAUCUGAAUGCACACAAUGUCAUGUAGAUCUACUUUCAACACUAGAUCACUUCGUCUUCGAACUGCACGCUAACUAAACUGUUACUUCAGCUCGGUCCAUUGCCCGCGAACAAGUACUCCCGAUCCGCCAGCUCUUGGCCGUGGAGGGUGAAGAUAGGAAAACGCAUCACACGCUUCGCGAACAUGGGCGCUGAUCCGCAGAGUGUAUUGUGAUGUGCUUGCUGUUCCGCCGCACUACUGCCGAGAGAUGCAGCCCUGUGACAAUACGCUACAUACAACACCGUGACCCUAGCGGGCUUCCGCCUAGCAAGUAUGCAUCAUGAGCUCGUGACGAUCUAUCUGCCUACCUUCGCUGAACGGCGAAAAGCAGUCAUGAGUGGAGAAAGACAUCGUGUUCAUCGGCCUACAUCAGAUGGGGCCGAUCACAGGCAGGGACCUCUCCGCUAGCGCUCCCAGCCUCGUGCAGAAUACCUUGGUACACACUCGUCACGUCACACUCACACCGUGCAUGCAGCGCAUUGCUUGACAGGCCGGGCGGAGAGAGAGAGAGAGAGAAGGUACUAGUAGAAGCUUGCUGAUCAUUGCGUUGAACUGAAAAGGUCGGCCGUUUGGUGUCAAUGAGGCUAACCUUUCUGAUCAUUUUUUUCCGCCAGCCGAUUCUCUGUUCUUGUUGCACUUCAAAGCAGUUGAGGUGCACAGAUUGAGGAGAGCAUUGCGGCGUGAUCACUGGCCAUGGCCACGGCUGCUGUGUGCAGUGUGAGCAGCCGUCCUCUGUCCGCGGCGGAGACGGAUGAAGAUGAUGACUACGACGAACCGUUCUCCAGCCGCAGCACACCGAGUCAGGGCAGCAGCAGUCCAGAGCGCAAGGGUGUGUCGAUCGAUGCCAUCAAGUCCAAGCAAGCACUGGCUCGUAUUCUCUCCUUGCAAAAGGAUCUAAUCGACACGGAAAAGUCUCUGUCCAAUGCGGCAACGGCCAGCGUGGGUGGUCAGAGCUCGCUAAUACCUUCUGGAAAUUCUCGAAUCAGGAUAUCCGCUGUGCCUAAACCACCUCGCGUGCAGAAGCGUGAUCCGAACGGCAUGAACAACGCCAACAACGGCGGGGCGAGCAGCACAACUGACAGCGCCGCCACCCCUCAGCCAUCUGGUCCUGUCAAGAAAGCGGUGAUUCCACCGCCGUCCGCACCUAGGCGGCCAUCAGUGGGCACAGUGCGAGAGGUGACGGACGCCGAGUAUCAGAGCUUGGACGCAAGCUCAGUGGAACAAACCGUGUACACAUCACGCACAAGCAGUGCCGGACUGCACGAGGAACGCAGUGUACAUGCAAGGUCCAAGCAGUCUCCAGGCUGCCUUCCCAGAUCGACAAAGUCCACACAAGUCAUAACGCCAGCCAUGCACGAAAUGCCUAGUAACUAUCCUUCCAUGAUAUCGGAUACCGGUCAGCAAACUCACCACCAGCACCACCAACAUCACCACCAGCAACACCAGCAGCAGCAGACUGGGCCGCCAGGGGUUCAGCUGAAGGCUACGCUUUCAUCACCGCCAGAAUACAGCCAGGCCAUGGCACCAAAUCCGAACUUCAAGCGCACGCAGGGCAGUCUGACGCGCAGCUACAUGUCCGAAGCUCGUCAGCCAGCGGCGUACGUUUGCUGCAAGAAGUGCGGUGCAACGCUUAGCCGCAAAGCAUCGCUAUUACUGAUUAGCAUCUCUCUACUGCUCUCAACGUCAGCCAUCGUUCUGUUUGCAUUACUGGUCACAGGAGUGAUUGAGAUUCAGAAAUCCUCGUCGCCUCCACCGCCGGCACAGAACACCAUCCAUGCACAGUACAAGGAAGAGCACAUCACCGGCAACGAGAGGAAGAAGUCGGUGAGUACUGCCGUGCGUGACGGCGUUGGCGGUGGUGGGGACCUGGCUACGCAGUCCGCACUGUUUCCUGCCGGCGGCGCCUGGAAUGGUCUGGGAGCUCAGUCGGCAGCAGGCGCACCGAUAACAGCUACCGUGAAGCAAAACUGCUCAAUCUACGAAGCUUUGCCAGGCACAGAGGCUUACACUCACAUCAAAGUCUGCUCCGGGCCUAGAGGGGAGCAAGGCCCUGCUGGACAGAAAGGUGAAGUGGGAGCUGCGGGUCCACCUGGUCACCGUGGAUAUCCAGGUCACCGGGGCGACAUGGGAAUGGUGGGACCACAAGGUGCCAAGGGAGAGCGUGGGUUCCGCGGCAUACACGGCCCACAGGGCAUCAAAGGCGAGCGAGGGUACAAUGGUCUGCCCGGUUUUACCGGUAACCUUGGUCCCAAGGGCGACCCUGGAGAGCUUGGUCCGAAAGGUGAGCCUGGAAUGAUGGGCCAGCCCGGUGAGCAGGGGUUGCCCGGUCCUAAGGGCGAGCCUGUGUACCUGCAGUUCUAGUAUCAAGUGAUUCGCUAUCCUUCACCCAAGCAACACGCCGAGCUGCCAUGACAACGCACUCACCCUAGCAACAACAGAGCCAUCAUGACGACACACUCACCCUAGCAACAAGCAGAACUGCCAUGAACACACCCAUCACCCUGGCUGCAUGCCAAUGCCCUUAGAAGCACAGUGCACACUGUGCACACACUGCACACACAGUGCAUUGAAGUUUGCAGAAAUUUACUUCAGCUACACUGCCGAACACGGACUGACUGUACAUUGGAACCUAGCUGCACUGUCUGACAAUUCUGAUCCAGACGCCAGUUCCCUGACUUCCACCAACACACUCCCAAUGUACAACAGACAAGUAGUACAGUCAUGUAAAGCUAGCCGUGCCGCUGAGGCUCCACCAAUCACCAUGCCAUCAAUCAUCACUGCCCGCAUUGUCACUCUUCGUCAUAUUUCCGCCGGACGUCCUGCCAGCAGUGAAGCCUACUAUACAAGCUAUAACGGAGCGGCGAUGAUGGGCAUGCAGCUGAGCAUUAUGGGCUCCCCACUCUAUAUCCUCUUAGCUAUCCGCUGUCCACAAGACAUGAGUACAGGGUAAUGGAUUUUUAAUUUUUUUAAACAAACAUGAUAAUUAUUGUAUCGAUGAAAGUAAAGAGAGCGCGCUCAUACCACGAGAACAAUGGAACAAUAUUUAAAGACUUGGACGUCGUUCAAAUCUUAAAAAUUAAUAUUGUUCCAUUGUUCUCGUGGUGUGAGUGCGCUCACUUUACUAUCAUCGAUAUUAGGUUUCUUGUCUCCACGCCGACUUUUUGAUAAUCAUAGUAGGAGUACAAUGGAAUCCUGAACCAAGAUUUACGGUGUCAGUUCAAAUUUUAAAAUAUCCUGCUCAGUCGAUCUGUAUGAUCUGAUUUUGCUUCAACUUUUUUUUAAAUAAACUCGACCCAGCUUAUAUAAUUAUGGUGAUUAUAGUGAGUACUGUACAUACAAUACGUAUUGCACGAUGCCUGCUAUCAUUAUUCAAGCACUUGUGCCAUCAUGCGAUCAGCAUUUUCCAACUGAGAUAAUUAUACCUGCA